UCCAGAGACAGUGUUGUCGUAGUGUUUUGAUUUGAAACGUUUAAAGACUGAGAUUUAGAGAAAAUGAAUAAGGGAAUUAGUCCCGAAAUUAGAAUAACAAAAAAUUUUUUGGAGAGGGCAGUAGCACUGGAUGUACCAAAUGUUGGAUGCCUGUAUGGAAUUAAAGAACACGAUUAUGUUUUGGUGCUGGGAUUCUCCAUUGAACAGAAACUGAAUCCUAAUAAAAACUUGCAAGAGGGUGACUUUCACGAGAAGGCCUCAUUCAGUGAAAGGAACCUUCCAGCAGGACUUACCUUGUGUGGUGUCCUGAGAUCUGUGAAUACCAGUGAAGAACAGAAUCAGAAACACAAAAGUGAGAACACCAGUCAGCUGGAUCACCAUGUUUUAAUAGUGUGUGUAAGAGAUGAAACAAAUGAGCUGAAGGCAUACAUGAACAUUAAUAACAAAUAUGUAAGCAAGACAUAUCAAGUUGUGGAUGAUUGUGAAGUCUGGAAAGAAUAUUUACAUAUAAGGGUUAAGGGCAGACUACCAAUUACUUGUGAAAUGUCAGCAGAAAGUGUUGUGGAAGCUAUAGGAUCAUUACAGAAGAAGGUCUCAUCGGAUAUGUUGGCUUUCAGCCACUCAAAGGCAAGAUUUUAUCUGUCAGGAGAUCAGGUUAUUACUGGUACAACUGAGUUGACAAGCAGUUCAACAGUUGGGGAUCUUCAGCAUAUAUAUUCAGCAAAUAGUGAAACAAUAACUGCUAAAGGAGCAAAGCACAGUAACAUCAAGAAAUGGCCUGAAACAGUAACACUGGAAAUGUUGAAGCGCCCCAUGGCAGAGGUAAAACCAGAAACCCAAGUCCGUACUGCUCCCAUUAUACAGUAUGUAAAAAAACAUUAUGAGUGUUUGAAGAUAUGGAUCCACAUAGAUGGUCUGUCUAUGGUAAACCGCAAGAGUUCCCUUCAGGACCUGUACAAAUGCUUGCAGAAGAGUGUGAAGGCCAGUCUCCAGUUAUCAGAAGAAUCUUUAAUUAAGCAGCUAUCCCAUGAUUCAGGAGACAGCUCAAGAUUUUCAUUGCCAUUACCAUUUCACUUUAUGCCCAAAAACUUUAGCCAUUUUGUGACUUUGGUGUACCCCAAAAACUCAAAAGAUGAUGACCUUUCACAGAUUCGAUCAGUUUUGCAUCAACAAUUUCAUCUCCCAGAUGAUAAGCCUUUCUUCCGGCGGGCAAAUGCAUUUGUUUUCCGUGAUGAUUUACCAAAACCAUUUCCACUGAUUAAUCCACAUGAAGGCCUCAAUCCUUCAGGAGUUAAAGGUGGAGAAGUGGCUGUUGUUCGGGGGCUUUACAGUUAUCAUCACUACAUGCAAGACCGAAUGGAUGAUGAUGGAUGGGGAUGUGCCUAUAGAUCACUUCAAACAGUGGUGUCAUGGUUUAGGUGGCAAGGCUAUACUGACAAACCAGUGCCAACGCACAAGGAAAUUCAAGAAUGCCUUGUUUCAAUAGGUGAUAAACCAUCAUCAUUUAUUGGAUCAAAGCAGUGGAUUGGCUCCACUGAAGUCAGCUUUUACUUGGAAACAGUACUGGGUGUGACAUCAAGAAUUUUAUCAGUGAGCUCUGGUGAGGAGCUUGCAUAUCAAGGAGGGGAGUUACUGGAACACUUCAGAACUCAUGGGACUCCAGUAAUGAUAGGUGGUGGUGUCUUGGCUCAUACAAUCAUAGGAGUCCACUAUUGCAAUGAAACUGGGAAUUUGAAGUUUCUGAUUCUAGAUCCACAUUAUACAGGAGUUGAUGACCUAAGUAUAGUUCAAAGUAAAGGCUGGUGUGGAUGGAAAAGUGUUGAGUUUUGGUCAAAAGGGGCUUUCUAUAACUUAUGUUUACCACUGUGUCCUGUACUUAUUUAAGUUAUACACAUUCUUUCAACUGUAAAGACUGGGCAUGUUACUGCUGCAAACGCUGUAUUUCCUGUUCAGUUUUAUAAACUUUCAACACAUUCUUUUUAAUGUUGAUGUUCUUUUGUCUGUGUCAGUGAAUUGCAUUUGAUCUUGCAUACAGUUUUGAGUGCAUGAAUGACUUCAUAUGUGUUGGUGUUAAUCACCCAAUUAAUAUAUUUAACCUUGAGAAACUAUGUUUGCAAGGCAGUUAUGAAAUAACUGUUGCUGGUAACUCUGUAGACUAGUUUUCCAGAUCUGAAGGCCAUACAUACUCAUCUUCCUUCAUUAUAAAAUGUGGGUAUUAACACUAAUUUUUCUACCCAUAUAUAUUACUUUGAAAGAAAAGUAUUGUGUGAAAAAAAUGUGCUAUGCAGGAUAAAUGCUUUUAAAAGAAUUGUUUGUAAAUAGUAUCCAUCAUUUGUAAGUUGUAACAUGUUUGGUUUCUGCAGUUAUAACUGCAUUUCUUUCUAAAAUUAUUUGUUGACAUUUUUAUAUUGUUAUUUGUGUGAUGUUUUAUAUGGU